AUGCCGGGCCGACUGCCGGCGCUUUGCCGGCCAGCAGGACGGACGGCACCAAGUAGGGUAAAGCAUGCACUGCGUGGGCUCAAGGCUCCAGACUCCCCCGGCUCCAGCUUUGGGUUGGUGGAACAAAUGGGGGAGCAGAACUGGGGGAUGGUACGCAGGUACGGCACCAAGACUACGUAA